AUGCAAUCGUCGUCUCCAGCAACAACUCCUCUAUUGGUCUCCUCCACACCUUUAGAGGAUUCUGCUAUGGAGGAUUCUCCUGUUUCGAGAGUGAUGAGUUCUAAUUUGGUUACUGAUCCUGUUAUGCUUCCAGGGUUCGAAAACUUUCCUCCUCCUCCUAGGUUUACUGCUUUUUCUGCAAAUUGGUCUUCAUUAUUUGAUAAGCAAAAGGAGGCGGUUGUUAAUACUGAUACAGAAUUCUUUUCAUACCCAGUGGUUGAUAGGAAGAAGAAUAUGGAUAUUCCUUAUGUGGUUUUCGAUCAGGAUAUUCGUGAUUGUGAAUCUAAGGUUAUUGGGGCUUUUGUGGGAAGAAGACUUCCAUUUAACAUGGUUCAUAAUGCUGUUAAUCGAGCUUGGAAACCUAAAGGUACGUUUCAAAUGACUAUUCAUGGAGAAAGAAUGUUUAUCUUUGAUUUUAAUUCUGAAGAGGAAAGAAUUCGUGCUUUAGAAAUUGGAUCCAUGUUCAUUUCAAAUAGAUUAUUCAUUGUGAAACCAAGGACAGUGGAACAAGAAAUUGCUGAAUUAAAAUCUGUUCUAGUGUGGAUGAAUUUUAGAAACGUUCCUUUAUUCAUGUGGAAUAAUAAGGGCCUGAGCAUGAUAGCUAGUUAUCUUGGUAAACCUUUAAUGAUGGAUACACAAACCUUAAACAAAACUAGAAUGAGCUAUGCUAGGAUUUGUGUAGAAGUGGGAGUGAAUUGUGAAUUUUCUGAGUCAUUUACAUUCACUUUGGGAGGAAAAGAUCGUGUUGAAAUCAAUAUGGACUAUUCCUGGAGACCUCCAAAGUGUAGUGAUUGUGCAGUAUUUGGCUAUGUUCUGUCCCAUUGUCCUAAGAAGGUGCAUCCUACUCAUAAAGUGGUUCAGAAAUGGGGGCAGAAACCAACCACCACCUCAAGGAAUGAGGAUGGGUGGAUUACAAAAUCUAGAAAUCAGGUAAAGGAUACUUCUAUGCAAGUUACUACUGUCUUACAAGAAAUACCUGCUAGUACUCCAAAUAAAGUCAAUGAUCUCAUUUUUUCAAACAGUUUCUUUAUCAUAGACAAUUAUAUGGAAAAUCCUCAAGUACUUCAAUCUAAUCACAAUAAGGAAAAUUUCCAAGCACUUCUGCAAGCGGCUCAACAAAAGUCUUCUGAACAAGUUUCUGGUUCCAGAGUUCAUUUCCAAAAGGAGGGACCUGUUCCUCAACAAGUUAGUAGUAUCCUUCCAAAGGUUGCAGCUCUGAAAAAGGCUGCAAAGAAUAAUGAUAGCCGUAGCUGUUAUGGUCGUAUUUGGGUUGGAUGGGACCCGGGAGUUAUUCAUGUUAAUCUUAUCCAUUCUUCUCCUCAAGCUGUUUUUUUGGAUAUCACUACUCCUUCUUCUAUCAAUUUAGCAGUGACUCUUGUGUAUGGUGAUAAUUAUUAUCUUACAAGGAAUGCUCUCUGGAAUUCUCUCAUUUCCUUUGCUGUUACUGUUAACAAAGCUUUGAUGGUGCUUGGAAAUUUUAAUUCCAUCUUAUAUCCUUCUGACAAAGUGGGAGGUGCUCCAGUUUUACCUCAUCAUUUUCAAGACUUUUCUACUUGUGUUCAUUAUACUCAGCUGAUGGAUCUUUCUUUUAUGGGUUACUUCUAUACUUGGACUAAUUGCCAGCAAGAUGGAUCUGUUAUAAGGUCUAAGAUUGACAGAGUUAUGGCUAAUCUGCAAAUGCAUGACCCUCCUCCUUUUAGAUUUUUUAACUUCUUAUCUGAUGAGCCUGAGUAUAUGAAUGUGGUGAGAACUGCUUGGAACAUCCCUGUUAGAGGUAACCCAAUGAUUACUCUUGUUACCAGAGUUAAAAAUGUUAAAAGUCACAUUAUUAAUUGGAAGAGAUUUAAGUUUAGAAAUGUCUCAGCUCAAGUACUUCAGGCUAAGGAAAAUAUGGAUUUUGAUCAACUCCAAUUGCAAUCUUUUCCUCUUGACUUAGAUCUAGCUAGAAGAGAGACAGAGUAUGUGGCUGAGUAUGUCAAACUUGUUAAAUAUGAAGAGUCUGCAGCUAAACAACAAGCCAGAUUAGUUGAAGAUAAAGACAUUGCUGUUGAGUGUAUCGAUUAUUAUAAAAACCUUUUUGGUAAUGAUCUGGUCCCCGAAGUUAUUUCUGAUAGUUCUACUAAUCUGCAUUUUGAUGGCUGCAUUCAACAAGAUGAUAUUGCUGAUUUAAUCAAACAUGUCUCUCGAGAAGAAGUUGUAACUGCUCUUAAUUCUAUUGGUUCAAACAAAGCUCCUGGCCCUGAUGAGAAUGAAGUGAUGAUAAAUACAGAUGGUUCAAAGAGAGAACAUACUGCAGGUUUUGGGGAUGUUCUAAGAGAUCAUAUGGCAGAAAUGUUGGAUGCAGCUUAUGGAGGCUCUCAUCCAAUAUCUAUUCUUGUUCAUGAGCUUUAA